AUCUGAAAAUACUGCAAUAUGAUGGUUUCCUCCUUCCACGUAUAUGCAAAGUCCAUGGUACGGUCGCUCUUAGAAGACUUUAGAAGCUUUUUCUACCAAAAAGAAAAGAAAAAGAUUCUAGAAGCUGAGCUGGAAUGGAAAGCGCUCUUACAACCCGUAACCGAUUCAAGUAGUUUGUUGUAACUUGUAACGGUAAAAGAACGACGGUUAGUUACUCUUCGUUCCCGCUUCAUUCAAUCACGAGUUCGUUAGACCCUGAAUCUUGAGAGUAUCUCGUUCGCAAUUUCACACUUUCAACUCUCUUUCUUUUCUUUCUCUGAUUCUUUUCUUGUGCUCUCUCCAUCUUUCGUUUUCCGUUUUUCACACAUUUGCAAGUGAAGGUUUGUGAAAAUGCCUCUCGGACAUGCACUAGAUAAUAGAUUUGCGCAAUUGUGCGGUAUAGAGGUACCGUUCUCCUUCGACGUUAAACGUGCUCUUGAUAUCAAUGUCCGUCAUGGAGACUUCGAUUUCCUUUUUUGUCCUCUGAUGUAUACAGGUUAUGCGCCAAACAAGGAUAAAGCUCUUACCCUCAAUCGACAGCUUCUGCCAUAUGCUGGGGUAAACACGGGCGUUACCUACGGUCAAUGGGCUGGUCUUGUAUUUGCAAAAAUUAGUCCCACAUGGUUAGACUUGGAUUCAGAAGAUGAAAAUGUUAGGGUGAAUGCUGAAGCUAUUCUGAAACAACAAAUAGAAUGGGCUUCCUAUCUCUCUGUUAAGCAUUGCGUUCUUCCAACUCCUGAUGGAAAUUCUUGUGCUAACUAUGCUAAGUGUGUGAAUCAAAUCUUACAGGGCCUUAAGAACAUGGAGAGUGCGAUGAAGUUGUUGCUUAGGAUUCCAGUUGGGAUGUCCAAUGACGACUACCGUCCAUUAUCCAAUGCUUUGGUUGAUUCAUGGGAAACAUGGAAUUCCUUCCGUAUGCUCUGUGAUCAUCAUAGUCAGUUGGUGGUCGCCCUUGAUAUUAAGAGAGUCCUGCCUCCAGAGAACUCACUAAAACGCUGGUUUGGGGAGCCAGUCACUGCUGCAAUAUUAGAUACAGAAAUCUUUUUAACUAAGGCCCGUGGUAAUACUUUAUACCUUCCAAAGCGUCAUCAGAAGUUAAUUGCUGACUUGUUUCACCUUGAUACACGGAUCGUUAUAUCUGAAAUAAAAGUUCCUACCAGUGCUCAAUCCGCUGCAGGUUCAAAAUCACAGCCUUUACUGGCAUACUGGAGCCAAGUUAGUAAUAUAUACAAACAAAGGGACCCUGUUUCUGAGCAAGAACGUUCCGAGUUUUAUACCCGGGACAUUUUACAGCCAUCCUUAAGACCUUCAAGGAAUUAUUCACAUGCGAUAAGCUAUGACGAUCAUGAGAAAGAUUUAGUGAAAUAUCUUCAUUACGAGAUAGCAAUUAGUAGAGCAUUGCUGGAGAGGGUUCCCGAUGAAAGGGCGUCUGUGAUCGCCACGGUAUUGGUGGUGGUUGGUGCAGGGCGUGGACGUCUUGUACAUGCAUCGUUAAAGGCAGCUGAAAGAACUGGGCGGAAGCUAAGAGUUUAUGCCGUGGAGAAGAAUCCACAAACAGUCAUUGCACUUGAUGAAUUAAUUCGGGCAAACAACUGGGAUAAUACGGUUUCCGUAGUCUCAAGUGACGUGCGUGACUGGAGUGCCCCUGAAAGAGCUGACAUAUUGGUUAGUGAUUUUUUAGGCUCUUUUGGUGACAAUGAGCUGUCUCCUGAAAGCCUAGAUGCUGCCCAAAGGUUUCUAGAGAAAGAUGGAAUUUCAAUACCAUCUUCGUACACAAGUUUCCUCCAACCAUUGACAGCUCCAAAGUUAUAUCAAGAAGCUAAGGCACGUAAAGAUAUUUUACACUCAGAAUCUGCUUGUCUUGUGAAUUUACACAAUGUGGCACGGCUUACGCCUUCGCAGCAGGUUUUUACCUUCAGUCAUCCAAAAUGCUCUGAUAAUCAAAGCAACCAGCGGUAUCAGAAGUUGGAAUUUAGAAUACCUACUGACACUGGGUCAGCAAUGGUUCAUGGGUUUGCUGGAUAUUUCAAUGCGACUCUAUAUAAGAGUGUGUUAUUUGGAACUGAACCUUCAACCAUGACGCCAAAUUUGAACACUUGGCUUCCCAUGUUUUUCCCGUUACGGACGCCAAUUUGUGUGCAUCGCGGCUCUAUUCUAGAAGUUCAUUUCUGGCGCUGUGUUGAUUCUAGAAAGGUCUGGUAUGAGUGGUGUGUUACAUCUCCUUCUUCAUCUCCAAUUCACAAUUGUAAUGGUCGCUCAUGCUGGAUGGAUCUUUAAUAUAACGCAAAUGACAUUUCAAAAACGAAGCCAUUUAGUCCUCAUACUAACUACAUACUGACUUUUUGGGAAGUCGUGUCUCACCAGUAAGCUUAAUAUCAAAUCAUUUUUAGAAGUCAGGUACAAAAAGAUGAUUGAGAUGAUUUAUCGGUUUACCAUCCUACUGUAUCAUUGAGUAUAGAUUCUUGGAAAUUUGACGCAUACAAUUGGAAUUCUCAAUCUAGAACGGUUUGUAUAACAUUUUUUCAGUUGGCUUAUUAAUUAUUUUUUGGACUAAAGACCCAAUUUAA